GCCUGGCAUCAAACAACCGUGCAGGUUUCUUGCUGUGAUUUAGGCUAGAUCAUCAUCAAGACAAUGUGAUUUUAAAGUAGGCCUAUAAAAUGAAUGAGCCCAGAGAAGUCAGUGCUGGAUGUCGUCAUGGAUGUUCUGUGAUCACCUACACCAUACCUGAUGAUCUGAUGUCGAGUGAAUACAAGUAUGAUCUAACUAUACAAGAUGUAGACAAUAAACAUCAAAGAGUUGUGUUCAGUAUUUUAAAGGGUGAAGCAGUUGUAGCUCGCCAUGAGUCGUUGCCCUUCCCAACCAAAGCUUUCAAGAAGGAUGACACUAAGAAAGACGGAAAAUAUUUUGUCGUUCGACUUAAAAAGAAGAAAAAUGAUGAGCUGGCAGAUUUCUUCCCGCAACCAUCAACAUAAUUGACAUUUAUAUCUCAUGCGAUUAUUGUUUUCUUUGUGUAAAAUAUAUGUCGGUCUGCAUGAUGUUUCUCUCCGUACACAUAUUCAUUCACUGGUUUCUACCACUGUUACAUGUAUGAUCCUCCAUCACUAUUUGAAUUUUUUUUUUUUUUUUUGCCUGGAUAGUGAUUUUGAAGUUUUAUUAAAACUUCAUAAAGUCAACACUUCUUUUUGAUUCAUAACAGAUGGUCUACCCACACUAAACUUAUAUUAUUUAAUCAGAUUCUUAAACAGUCGUGAGAUUAUCCUUAUGACUCAGAGACUAUUUUAAAGACCAUAAUUAAAGUCAAUGUAAAUUGAACACUUCUAAUAACACUGUAGUGUUUAAAACAUAAUCUGUAUUGGAGGGUCAUAUACUUUUUUUAAACAAUUAUCAGCCAUAAUUUUAUUUUAUGUAUUCAUAUCAAUUUAGAUUUCAUCAUAAAAUCUGAUUGGCCUAAUCUUUUGUCCAAUAUUUUAUUCUCACUAUUGAAGUUUUACUUACAAUUCACAUUUUUUUUAUAAUAAUUAUAUAAUUUGCAAUGAC